AUGGCACAAGAUAAUGAAAACUAUUUCGACAAAUUAAAGAGUCUGCGUGAACAGGUCAAUUGGGAGAUCGAAUAUGACAGACACGAACUUCUCCGUCAACUUUAUCCCAUUGUCAGACGAUGGAAGGGUCGACUUCCAAAUCUCCGAAACAUCUUUCGAGCCGAAGAAAUCGAAUGUCUUCUUACGGAUUCCGUAAACUUGAUAUACAACAAAAACGAGAGGUAUAUUCGUCAAGGCGAACUGAUCGCCAAGUUCGUGGCUCGCAGCGGCUACAGAGACGAGCCCAAAGUUGAUAAAGACGGCAAGACGUCGACGCGUCGCACCACGCCGAUACAUCAUGCGGCCAGAAGCUGGUUCAGCCAUUGCGAAACCAUGGCCGGUGCGCUUUUUCAAAUAUACUCAGACGUGAACUACGUGGACGAGAAGACCAACAUGACGCAUUUUCACGCGGCCUGCCUGUUCGGCUGCGUCAAAGUCGCGCGGAAAUUCCUCGAGCUCGGCCAGGAUCCCAAUGGUCUCGUAUCGAAAACCGGCGACUCGGCGCUGCACUUGGCUCUGUGGCGCAGCAGAAAAAAAGUCGUCAAAUUGUUGCUGAGACGAGGCGCUGAUCCGAAUCUACCGAACCAUUACGGCUAUACCGCUCUGCACUCGAUUUGCCUUACGAACGAUCGCGAUGGCUUGGCGGAGCUGCUCUUCGAGAUUUGCGACGAGAGGGGUCGAGAGGUGCUGGUCGACGCCCGGAACCGCGAGGGCCGCACGGCGCUGCACAUGGCUCUGGCAAGAAACUACCGGGACACGGCCGAGUUGCUGCUGAGAAGGGGCGCGGAUCCGAACUCGGUCGACGCCGAAGGUUUGACUCCGCUGCACGUCAUCGCCGCGAUAUUCUGGGCCGAUAAAUUGGCGGAGCUGUUCUUCGACGUGAACGCCGAGCUCGGGCAGCGGAGUUAUUUCGUCAUGGAUUGGCCGCGAUGUCCGAACGAGACGUGCGACCACUUCAAGCUGAGACAGACGUCGGCCGCUCUGAUCAUCGUCCAACUUCUCGAGCAAAGAGGAUACGAGCUCGACCGUAGCGGAGCUCUGACGAUCAUGAGACAUUUUGCCCGUUACGAUAUGCUCGAGACGUUGGCGGACUACAACGCGACCUACGAAUUUUUCGGGAAAUCGGAUCUCGACGAAUAUCGCUACGACGACGAGUUCGCCAGCGAAGCCAAGAAGAUAACGAUCGUUCCGAGUCUGUCGCUCAACGACUUGAUACAGUUGCCGGCCGAGGAGGCGGAAAAACGAGUCGGAUACGAGGACUACUUCGAGUUCGCGCGCUCGGGAAAGUUGUUCCACUCCCGUCUGAUUAAUAUCAGUCACGUCGCUUGCGUCGCGCAUCUGUGCGAGCUGAUAACGCGGCGAUUUUUCCGGCGCUGGUCACUGGAUCCUUUCUGGGAGUUGAUUCGCAAGAGGCUGCCGCUUGAGAUUUGUGAAAUGGUCCUGGAUCAGCUGGGAGUCAAGGAUUUAUGCAGCAUUUGCUUGGCCGCGGCCGGACCGAGUUCGUGA